AUGAAUGCUUACAAGAACGAUUGUCGAGCAAAAGUUCAACAGAAUUUUGAACACAAAUUAAUGAAGAGCAGUAUGGGUAAGUUGGAGGAAGAAACCGAUGAAGACAGAUGUCCCUACAACAUCAUAGAUAUGUUCGGAAGAAGAUUCAAAAAAGAUUCGCGAACAUGGCUUCACAAGUCUUCACGAAAAAUUAAGGCGAACACAAAAAACUUAAACAAAGAGAAUAUAAGAGAAAUUCACGGAAACAAUGCUUCUCCACCAUCUCAGUAUGGAAUUGUUGAACAUGAACCUAUCAGAAUCGAAGAACCUGACGAUAGCUCCAGUGAUUCUGACAAUCCCUAUACCAUUGUAGAUAGCAUGGGAAGACGCUUUAAAAAGGAUUCAAGAACAUGGCUGCACAAAUCGUCAUCAAAACGAAAAAGGUGGAAUAUCAUCGAAGAUGAGGAGGACGAUGUUCCAGAGUUACCAGACAUACCUAACACCCAACCUGAUCAUUUCUGUUUCAAGGACUCUGGAGAAAGGGAUUCGGAAAGAAAAUUUCACGAAACAGUAAAAACUGGAACCGAUAUUUCCAAAAAGCAUCAUUCAAACGUUCUGAUGAGAAAACGCAAACAAAGGUGUCAGCAAAUUAGUAAUUCUGCUAACUAUUUGCCUAAUGAUAAUCAACACAAUGCUGAAAUUUGUAUGAUUCUUUCUGCAGAGUUACAUGAAACUGCCAACAGACCUACAGCUAUCAAGAGAUCAAUAAGCUUCGAUAACAUAUUUGAACUGUUUGAGGAAGACACCGAAGACGCUGAAGAUGAUUGUGUAGAAUGUCAACAGAUGUCUAAUAAUUCGAGGAUGAGUAACAAUUGGAGGGAAACUAAACCAAUCACCUCUGACACUUCUACACUUUCUAGCAAUGAAAAUCGGGAAAUCAACCAUUCGCCAUUAUCAUCGGGAGCAAGUAUCAAUCUUUCCUCUGAUACAAGAAUUAAAAGAUCACCAGAAUUAACCAGUACAGCUACAGAUAAUAAUCCUAACAAACCAGGAUAUUACCUAAUGCCUGAUGUUAGUCCAGUUAGAUUUAAUCAGGACCAAACUUCUAACUGUGAACAGUAUAAAGCCAACCAGACACUCAAUGUGAACAGCAGUAGGAGUUUAACUUUCCUGAUUCAAGAAUCUGACGAGUUUUUAGGUGAUGCUGUUUUGUCUGAAUAUGAAGAGGAAUCAGAUUAG